CGAAGAGGAACUGUUGGCUGAACGCACGGCUGCCGCCGCGUGAGCCAGACGCGCAUAUCGUUUGACAUCCACAUAACCCUCCACACAAUUCGGUUAGGUCACGUCAACCUUCUCCUUGGCUUUUCCGUCUAGUGUACCAGUGACAAAAAGCAGAACUAGGACCACUAUAAAAUCCAACAUGAUUAUCAACACGCCCGAUUAUUCUAUUUCGGAUCACGUCUCUUUGGACGAAAACAAUGGUGAAUUUAAUACCUCCCCUGCAGUGUAUGAGCCAGCUGAGGAUACAUUUUUGAUGUUGGACGUUUUGGAAUUGGACUUGGAGCAAGUGAUUAAAACCCGGUUGUCAAAAACAAAUAUUGGUUCGUCUGACAAAUGUGGACCACUGUUGGUCAUUGAAUUAGGUAGUGGUUUUGGCAUCCUUACUGCUGCUAUAUCAAAGGCUCUAAGUGAUUCACUUUCAUCAUAUGCUGUUGGUGCUCACUGUAUAGCUGUAGACAUGAAUCCAACAGCUUGUCUUAAAACCAUUAAGACAUGCAAACUUAAUGGUGUUGAAGUGGAUGCAGUUCGUGGCGACCUACUGACAUGGAUGCGACGUCCCGAAACAACCGAUGCCAAUAAUGGCCCUAACAAAGAAGUGUUUGGCCCCAUUGAUAUACUUUUAUUCAAUCCGCCAUAUGUUCGAGGCCCAAAGGGUGAACUUGCACCAACACCUAGAGUUACAAAAAUUGACACUAACGAUCAGGCUAAAUACCAAAAGCAAGUAGCGGUGGAAGAUGCAGCUUGGCUGGGUGGUGGGCCAGAUGGUGUAGAUGUACUUAAGAGGGCGUUGCAUCAGGCUGCAGAUCUUCUAUCAGAGUUUGGAGUAUUUUAUGCACUGAUGAUUGAUUACAAUUAUGAUGCGCUGGUGCGAGAUGAGAUGCAAGCUCGUCGUGAUCGAUCUGACCAGAAUAUCUAUUAUGAUGACUUGAACAAUAUAGAGUUAACAACUUUUGGAAGCAGCCCAGCUAGCAGACCAUUAAUAUGCACCCGUAUCUUGUCCCGGAACAUCAUUGGUGAACGCUUAGCUGUAUACCGAAUUUAUCGGCCUUUAGAUUUUGAUUAAUCGCGCCCUGCAUUAUGUUGGACUGGCUACUAUCAUAGUGCAUUCAUUUUAUUAACAUUCCUUUAAAUUUAUUUUUCAUUUUAAUAUUUGACAUAUUUUUAUCAUUAUACUUCUUUAUUUGCAUUUAUUGCGGCACAUACUGUAUCCCAUUCAAUUUAUUUCUGUAAUACUAUGUAUUACACAAGUCAGUUAAAUUAAACAUAUUAAUACAGAGUCUAUUUAAAACUUACAUACGUAAAUAUUAUUUUUUAUACUGUAAAAUAUAUUAUUAUAAAACAAUCCAUUCGUUCAAUUUUUUAACUUUUAUUUUAAUCACUUUUUUGUAGUUUUUAUCAAUUUAAUUAUUUUAAUACCAUGUUAAACUUUGAAGCCAAUUAAUUAAGAAAAUAUUAUUUAUACUCGUAACAUUAUUAAUUAUUUGUUUUAUAUUAAAAAUAUAAACAUUUCGUUUUUAGUAAGAAAAAUUACUUGGAAAAUAAAAAACUUAUAGUUUUCAAUUUAUUAAGAAUUAUAAAAGUUGUAAAAUAGAUGGAUAUUCUAUGUAUUUUCAUCUUUUCAAGUUAAAAUAUUUUUGUAGUAUAUUUUGUACUUUGGUAAGUAAUUAAAAAUAUUUUGACUGCAUUUCAUUUGUGUCUUCAAAUUUAUUUCACAGUUUAUAUUUCAUGUAACAUAAUAAGAAUUAAAAUAAUCCGUGAGUACUUAGCACAUUCAUCUUUUAAGUUAUAUUUUCUUUAUAUUAAAAAAUUAUGCACAUAAAAUAGGGAUUAUUUGGUUAAUUAUUUUUGUUAAAAUUUUAUGUUUAAAAGAUGAAUUUUUAAUUGAGAUCUAUAAAUCAUAAACUCCACCUAACCGAUGUCGUCAACCAUGGUAAUCACAUUGGGAUUUAUUUUAAAUAAUUGUUGAUAAUAAAAUAAUAUAUUACAAUUUUUAUGUCAUAUUUGUAUCAUAGAAUAUAAAAUACAUAAGUUGUUUCCAAGUACCUUAUCAACUUUUAUUUUAAAUUUUAAUAUUUAUGUUGUUUAAUUGCUCAUUACUUUCAUUUAAUCUUUAAUUUUUAUGAAUUAUACACCUCUAAGAACAACAGUUUUCAUGUAUCAGUGUAAACAAAUCAUUUGCAAUAUUUUUUUUUAUCUAUAAUCUGUUUGACACAUGUUUCAUUAAAAUAAAUUACGGUCAACUUUUUA